AUGAUGGCAUCUAACCUAGCAUACAUAAAUCCCGGAGGGAAACAAGCCCGGAAGGCUAGUGCACUCGAGAUAAAUAUGGUUGCCUCCCGUGGAUUACAGGAAGUGCUCAAGACGAACUUGGGCCCCAGAGGCACAAUGAAGAUGCUCGUUUCAGGUGCUGGGCUUAUUAAAAUUACUAAGGAUGGAAUCACUCUUCUAGGUGAAAUGCAGAUUCAACACCCAACUGCUGUUUUCAUAGCUCGCGCCGCCACUGCCGUCGAUGACAUCACUGGUGAUGGGACGACGAGCGCAGUCCUUGUGAUUGGUGAAAUGAUGCGGCAGUGUGAGAGGUACAUCCAAGAUGGUCUUCAUCCUCGUAUCCUGACGGAGGGCUUUCGACUUGCCCGCAACGAAGCAGUUAAAUAUUUGGAGGAAAGCGUCGUUGAGAUCCCCGUUGCCACUCGUCGAGAAUACCUCACAAAUGUCGCUCACACUGCCCUCUCAACGAAGGUUAACGCACACAUGUCGGUUCAACUGGCGGAGGCUGUGGUUGACUCUGUGCUCGCUGUUGUCCCCGAAGAUGGAAGAGAAAUUGAUCUACAUAUGGUUGAGGUCAUGCACAUGAAGCAUCGCCUGAGCUCGGAUACUCGUUUUGUGAACGGGAUUGUUUUGGACCACGGUGGUCGUAAUGACAACAUGCCAAAGUACCUGGAGAAUGCCUACAUUCUGGUCUGUAACGUUUCUCUUGAGUACGAGCGAAGCGAACUGAACACCGGUUUUUACUUCAAGGAUGCGGCGGAGAAAGCGCGUAUGGUUACCGCGGAGCGGAAGGUAACAGAUGACCGCGUUAGGGACAUCAUUGCUCUAAAGAAACAGGUUUGCACGAAGGAAAAUCAGCGCAGCUUCGUUGUAAUCAAUCAGAAGGGAAUUGACCCGAUUGCACUGGAGAUGCUGUCCAAGGAGGGGAUUUUGGCUCUACGGCGUGCCAAGCGUCGUAAUAUGGAACGCCUUAUUCUGGCCUGCGGGGGUGAGGCCGUAAACACAACCGAGAACCUCACAGUGGAUGUCCUUGGUGAGGCUGGACGUGUACAAGAGUACACAUUGGGUGACGACAAGUACACCUUCGUGGAGGAUGCGCGUAAGGGUCGGAGCUGCACAUUGCUUGUCAAGGGACCCAAUGAUCACACUAUUGCCCAACUCAAGGAUGCCAUUCGUGAUGGUCUUCGUGCAGUCAAGAACGCUUACGAGAGGGGUGGCGUUCUCGCAGGCGCCGGCUCGUUUGAGGUGGCUCUUCACGACCAUCUGACCCGUUAUGCUGACACCGUGUCAGGUAAACAAAAAAUUGGUGUUCGAGCGUACGCCGAUGCCAUCCUUGUCAUACCGAAAACCUUGGCGGAGAACUCCGGCCUUGAUGUUCAGCAGUGCCUUAUUUCCCUGCAGGAGGCCAGCCGACGAGCACGCCAGGAAGGGCGCUGGGUGGGCCUUCGACUCGACACGGGAAGCACCGUUGACCCGCUAGCGGCUGGGAUCCUGGAUAACGUCCUUGUGAAACGAAGUAUUCUAGAGACGACUGGAGAGAUUGUCGCCCAGCUACUACUGGUAGAUGAAAUUAUGAAGGCUGGGCGCCGCGGAGCCGGUGCCCCCCCGUCGCAGUAA